AUGUCUUUCCUACAUGGUCAUACGGAUCCUUUUCUGAAGAGCGAGUUGGAUUUAUUUUCCGUUCCUUUCACGCAGACAGCAUUAGAAACUUAUCGAUCGGUGCAUUACAAACCUGUUUCGACAUUAAGCGACGAGAGUCCAAUAGAAUUCGUUAUCAGUUCUCAAAACGAGGAUUGUAUCGACUUGGCCCAUACGAUGCUCAGAGUGAAUGUCAGAUUGACACCUUACGACAAGGAUGGGGAUGCGCUUGUAGCUCCAGUAAACAGUUUUUUACACUCGAUAUUUAACCAGGUUGACGUUUACUUUAAUAAAAAACUCGUAACUCCUCCAAAUAAUGCUUACCCAUACACAGCAUACAUUGAAACUCUUUUAAAUUAUGGUCCUGCUGUAAAAUCAUCACAUUCGUCGACAAAUCUGUGGGAAACAGAUAUUGCUGGUGAAAUAGAAGAAUUACCCGGUUCAAAAACAAAUUUAGCUCUUACUAAGCGUCAAAAAUAUUUAAAAGAUGGAAAGACCGUACACUUAAUGGGUCAUUUACAUUGUGACGCAUUCAAUCAGGAUAAAUUAUUAUUAAAUGGCGACGAAGUUCAUUUACGUCUAGUGCGUGCAAAAGAUGCUUUUUGUCUCAUGUAUGCUUCAACGAAAAAUUAUUCCGUCAGCAUAAGCGAGGCUACACUUCUUGUUCGGCGAGUGAAAGUUAGCCCUACAGUUUUGAUUGCACACGCAAAAACUCUGGCAAGCACUAUGGCAAAAUAUCAAAUUACGCGCGUUGAAGUCAAAUCUUUUACCCUACAUAGUGGCAUAAACGGCGACUUAUUAGAUAAUGUUAUCCUCGGACAACUUCUGAAAAGAAUAAUUUUAGGUUUUGCUGACAACAAAGCCUUCAAUGGGGAUCGAAAGAUGAUUCCUUUCAACUUUUAA